AAGUGUAGUUUGAGCCAACAUGGCGGUGGUCGGUCUGAUGAAGGCUAACAGGCUAACGGGCUAACGGGAGGAGCACCGACAAGCACCGGGCACAGGGACACCGAGCCUCCCGUACAGACUGCAGUGGAACCUACCGCUCCCAGAGCUCACCUUCAUGCUGUGAGUUAACCUGUCAAAAGGUGGUCAUGGCGGAGCGGCGGGGCGACUGUUUAUGGAAGAGACAUGUCUCAGACCAGCUGAAGCUCAGAGACCGGGUACAGCGACAGGCCUUUGAGGAGCUCAUCCACCAGUAUAACCGUCUGCUGGAGAAGGCCGACCUUCAGGCCGUGCUGUCAGAGCGAUAUCAGGCCGAUAAAUACGAGGUACAGAGAGGACAUGAGGCCAGCUCGGGGGCAGAGUCGAGUCGUAGCGACGCCCUGCAGCAGGAGAUGGCUCAGAUGAGAAUAAGACACCAGGAGGAGCUAACAGAGCUGCACAAGAAACGUGGAGAGCUCGCCCAGAGUGUCAUUGAACUGAAUAAUCAGAUUCAACAGAAAGACAAAGAAAUCCAGAGCAACGAGGCCAAGAUGUUGGAGUACCAGCAGCAGAUCAGCAGUCUGGAGGGAGACUGUCGGGAGCUGAGGAGUUGCCUGCAGGACCUGGAGAGGGCCAAUCAGACGCUGAAGGAUGAGUAUGACGCUCUCCAGAUCACCUUCUCAGCCCUGGAGGAGAAACUGAGGAAAACCACAGAGGAUAACCAGGAGCUGGUUUCACGAUGGAUGGCCGAGAAAGCUCAGGAGGCCAACAAGCUGAACGCCGAGAAUGAGAAGGACAGCAGACGCAGACAGGCAAAGCUGCAGAAGGAGCUGGCUGAUGCCGCCAAAGAGCCGCUGCCUGUGGACCCGGACGAUGACAUUGAGGUCUUGACUGAGGACGGAGGGAAAGGAGGUGGAGAGAUGUCUCCUAACAAAGCACUCAGCAGAACGCCAAGUAAAAACUCCCAGCCUCCUCCCGGUCUGCUCGGAUCCAUCUCCAACAUCUUUGGCAGGCGUCGAUCAGCUGGCUCGUUUAGCUCGCCACCGGAGAACACUGAAGCUCCUUCAGGUGUGUGUGCUGAUGUCAGAGUGCCCUCCACCGCCCUGCACAUGUUUGACGCUCAUGACGGUGAGGUGAACGCUGUGAGGUUCAGUCCGGGCUCCCGUCUCCUAGCAACAGGAGGAAUGGACCGCAGGGUGAAACUGUGGGAGGUGGUGGCAGGUCGCUGCGAACCUAAAGGAGCUCUGACCGGCAGUAAUGCUGGAAUCACCAGCAUCGAGUUCGACAGUGCUGGGUCCUACCUGCUGGCCGCCUCCAACGACUUCGCCAGUCGGAUCUGGACAGUGGACGACUACAGGCUGAGGCACACCCUGACCGGUCACAGUGGGAAGGUGCUGUCAGCUCGCUUCCUAUUGGACAACGCUCGCAUCGUCUCUGGAAGCUAUGACCGAACGCUCAAACUGUGGGACCUCCGCAGCAAAGUUUGUAUGAAGACGGUGUUUGCUGGCUCCAGCUGUAAUGACAUUGUGUGUACAGAGCAGUGCGUGAUGAGCGGACACUUUGAUAAGAAGGUUCGGUUCUGGGACAUCAGGUCUGAGAGUAUCGUAAGGGAGUUGGAGCUGCAGGGCAGAGUCACAUCACUGGACCUUAACCAUGACCGCAGUGAGCUGCUCACAUGUUCAAGAGACGACCUUCUGAAGAUCAUCGACCUGAGGGCCAGCGCUGUCAGACAGACGUUUAGUGCUCAGGGCUUUAAAUGUGGAGCAGACUGGACCAGAGUGACCUUCAGUCCUGAUGGCAGCUACGUGGCUGGAGGAUCAUCUGAUGGUGCUUUGUACAUCUGGAAUGUUCUAACGGGGAAAGUGGACCGUUCUCUGGACCGAAACCACAACUCUGCCAUCAACGCCGUGUCCUGGUCCCCUUCCGGGGCCUUUGUGGUCAGUGUGGAGAAAGGCAGCAGGGCCAUCCUGUGGUCCGACAUGUGAUUAGCUGACAGGCAUCUCUUGUUGUGAUGUCACUGUGUGGAGAAGCUGACUGGCUGAUCAGAUGGAUAUUCUUCAUGUCGUUUGGAGGAAGUGUCAUGUUUGGGCGCCGUUGGAGCAGGACGCCUUAUCUGGAGACGCUUUGGGAGGGCGGGUCCAGAACACACAGAUGUGUAUAAUAAAUGAACAUGAUUGUUUCUGUGAUACUCAGAGCUGUUACCAAGGCAACAGCUGGACUGACGCUGAUACUGGGACUAACGCCAGCUCUGAAGGACAACGCCCACCAUAAAUCCUGGUUGGAGGGGGAUGGGGGGGGGCCUGGUCAUGUGUCUGUAAACAGCUAAAAUAAAAGCUUCACGUUCGUG